GCCUGAAAGCAAUUCACUCUGAUGACGUCACUCGCAGAGUUGUCAUGGCGUCUUUGGGACCGAAGCUACUGCUGCAAUUUAGCUAAAAUCUGUCGACAGCCUGUAAGUCGAAAUGGAGAAGAAUGCAAACCUACAUCGAGACACUGACGGGAGUUCGUUGUGUGCCACGAUUGCGGGAGAAAUGGGCGACGUUACGGCUGUCGGCGGAGUGAAAGGGACAGCCGACAAAUGCAAGAAUAGUGAGGCUCCUCUCAGUACUUUGGUUAACGUUAGUUGUAAUAUCAGCACCACUAAUGUUACUGCUCCCAGCGCCGUCAAUGCCAUCUCCAGUGCCGGGAAGUCGGACGUGCCAGAAGUGAUUGAAGUCCUCCCCGUGCAGGAGGAGAAGAAGAAAGACGCCGAGGCGAGCGGCUCGUUGUCGGGGUCCGGGAAUCAGAUCAGUAACGGGAUGGGGCAUGACUCGGUGCUGGCUGCAGGAGACAACCAGGGUGGUGCCUCAAAGUUAGUAAACAACAAACUCGACGAGCCCUCCUCACCCCCCGCUACAGAGAGCACAGAUGCGCAGGCUGAGGUUCUGGCUUGUGGAGAAAGUGAACCGACAAAACUUGCCAAACCGACUCAUCUGUGUCCGGACAAUACCGUCACAGCAAACGUCAAGUCGGGUCUGUCCGGUGAUCACACCUUGUCGGAGGGAUUGCCGAGUGGGAGCGACCCCGAUCCCAGCCUCGGCGGAGAGUCCCGAAGCAUAGAUUCACUCGAGUCCUUCUCCAACCUCAACUCUUGCCCCAGCUCCGACCUGAACAGCGAGGGUCUGGAGGACAGAGGACUGGCUUUGGCCCUCCAGGGCGAGUACGGGGCUGAUGGGGCAAAGACUUCGUGUGCUAAGGACCGGGCCGCCGGCCAGUCCAUAUACCACAUUAAGUGGAUCAAAUGGAGGGAGGAGAACACGCCGAUCAUCACCCAGAACGAGAACGGCCCCUGUCCAUUACUGGCUAUUAUGAAUGUCCUUCUGCUUGCAUGGAAGGUUAAGAUGCCGCCUAUGAUGGAAAUUAUAACCGCUGAGCAGCUGAUGGAGUAUCUUGGCGACUACAUUCUGGAAACCAAACCCAAAGAGAUCUCGGAGGCUCAGCGGCUAAACUAUGAGCAGAACAUGAGUGAUGCCAUGGCAGUGUUGCAUAAGCUGCAGACAGGUCUGGAUGUGAACGUGAAGUUCACAGGGGUGCGGGUCUUCGAGUACACCCCAGAAUGCAUCGUGUUUGACCUGCUGGACAUCCCUCUUUACCACGGCUGGCUGGUUGACCCCCAGAUGCAUGACAUUGUCAAGGCAGUGGGCAACUGCAGCUACAACCAGCUGGUGGAGAAGAUAAUAUCCUGCAAACAGUCAGACAACAGCGAGCUGGCAGGGGAAGGCAUCGUAGCAGAGCAGUUUCUGAACAGCACCGCCACUCAGCUGACCUACCACGGCUUAUGUGAGCUCACAUCCACUGUACAGGAGGGAGAGCUCUGUGUCUUUUUCAGGAAUAACCACUUCAGCACCAUGAUCAAAUACAAGGGCCAGUUGUACCUCCUGGUUACAGAUCAAGGCUUCCUGACAGAGGAGAAGGUCGUCUGGGAGAGUCUGCACAACGUUGACGGAGACGGCAACUUCUGCGAUUCGGAGUUCCGGUUGCGGCCUCCUUCUGAUCCAGAGACUGUGUACCGCGGCCAGCAGGAUCAGAUAGACCAGGACUAUCUGAUGGCGCUGUCACUGCAGCAGGAGCAGCAAAGCCAGGAACUUCAGUGGGAGCAGCUUCCUGAAGGCAUCAGUGACCUGGAGCUGGCGAAAAAGCUUCAGGAGGAGGAGGACCGACGAGCCUCGCAGUACUACCAGGAGCAAGAGCAGGAGCAGGCGGCGGCAGCGGCAGCAGCAGCACAGGCACAGCAGCAGGGCCAGCAGGAGCCUGUGGAGGGCAGCGAGGCGGACCGGGGGGCUGCAGGGGCAGCCGGAGCAGCAGCCGGCGCCGGGACGGCCGCGGCAGCUGGAGCCACACCCAGCCCGGGGAAACAGCCGUCGAGCGGGGAGCGCAAAGCCAAGAAAGAAUCGAAGGAUAAAGACAAAUGUGUUAUUUUGUAACAUACAGCGUGUCCGUGUGAGUGUGAGUGUUUUGUGCGUUUGCUUAUCUGUGAGAGAGGAGACGGCAUUUGUGUCUCCGUGGAGUGGACACACAACGCAGCGGCCCCCGCUUGACGACAAACAAGGGAAGGAGACGAUUGAGGAGAGACGUGACUAACAGAGGAUUUGCUGUUCCCACACCACUGGUGCCUGCUAUCCUCUAUCCUCAGUGGAACCUGGAUAUCAGAGGAAGGGACGCUACAACAACAACAACAACUACCCCUUAUCUUUCAUAGAGUCGGCCAAACUUUGUUACAAGUUGCACAGUGCACUAUAUUUGUGAUGUGGGGUCACGUUUAUCUGGGGUGGUAUAUUUUAUAGCAGAAGAAACAAAACGUCACCCUCGUACCAUGUUCUUUUCCAAAAAAAAUGAUUGAUUUCAUUCAUUUUUAAGUAGUGCAGCUUAUAAGCUUCUUUUUUUUUUGUAUGCAUCAAUAGUUACAAAACAUAUAUAGAAAGAUCCACUUCUUUUUCUUUCUUUUUUUGUCAGUUGUUGAUGCCAAGAUUCACCUUUUAUUUAUGUAUCUGAGUAACCGGUAGCUUGGACGGGUUUUAUUUUUUUGUGGAAGCCGAAAGGGAUUUUCUCCCGCCUGUUGGAAAUGUUACACCGCUUGCAUCCCCUCCGAAACACUACGCACUGAAGGUUCAUUCACGCCAGACAGCUGCCGGACGCCGCAGCUCCGUUACAACAAUCAUCACAGCUUGCCCUGUUCAGAUUUGCCUUACCGGAGUGUGGCAGGGUUGUAUUCUGCUCCGUCUGAAUGUGAACGUGUGCUUCUGUUCAUGCGUGUGGUGCUAUGUGGUUGCACGGCGUGUGGUGUGACACGUUUCAGUUUGGAAACAGGCAAAUCAUUUAUGCUGUAUUAGUUAAGCUACACAUUUGGGACAUUUAAUGCUGUUUGUGUUACAUUUAUUUUUCACGACAUUAGACACAGUCAAACUGAAUCUGAUGUUUCUGAGACGUGAGAUUCAGUUUUUAUUAGAUGAUGUUGGAAUGACUCUUUAUGUUCUCUCUUCUGGCAGCUUCCUGAAGAGAUGCAGUGUGUGUGUGUGUGUGUGCGCAUCAACUAUCACGAUCUCCUUUGUUCUGGAUGUUUUUUCACUGCUACCAGGUUUUUAAGGGAAACACAACAGAAUUCAGUAAUGUACAUUUGUGGACAUUUCACACAAACCUGAAUUUGAUUUCAGAUCUGUCACAUUGUUAUUCAGGGUGUGUAACGUGAGUUUAAACUGGGGAAACGUGAUGUUUGAUUUUUGCAGCCAUCAUGCAGCUUAGUUAGGACAUUGCCAAUACCAAUAUAUGCACAUAUUUUUCCACUUGAUUGCAGUGGUAGAAUUAACAUAUUAUUACUCUGCCUGCUCUCGUCUGAGUCAAACGUAUGCCGUGUGUAUCUUUAGGUACUAUUUUCAAUCAGUCAAAGAGGCUCAGUGUUCAUUUUGGAAUGAUGAUAUUUCCUUUUCUAGCCUUCAUGCCAAAGCCAUGUCAAUAUCAUCGUGCAUCCCCAGUUUCAGCUCUAGUGUUGUGUAGCUGUGUAGAUUCAGUACGUUCCUCCUCGUUCUCCACAAUUCUUCCUGGCUUAAUGUGAAAUUCUUCCUGUUAAUUUCAAAGCAGGUUGGAUUCUUCAUUAAUAGAGAAUGUGGUCCACAAAUGGAGCUACGCUGUUGUUGGGGUCACAGGACACACAUUACUGAAACUCUGUGGUGUCGCCCUUCAACCUGCGUGCGUUUCACUGCAGCGUGGAGCAUGCAAACACACGAUGUACAUAUUUACCUACUGCAUUCUUAUGAUGGAUUUAGCUAGUGUUUAGUUUAUGCCAUUACUGUACAAUGGGACUGCCUCCUGAGAAACUUUUCUAUCUAUACAUUCCAGUUGGAUGCCUUGACUCAAGCCUUCUGUAACAGACUGAGGGAGACAGUAAUCGUAGAAGGUGUUUGCCGUGCUCGCGACGCCGUCUCCGUUGCGUUUGCUCAGUGAGAACUAACUGACGGAGCGGUUACAUGGAGGCAGCAGGCUACCUGCUGUGUGGGAAAUCUUUCUUACGGGCUCCGUGUGAGGGCAGGAGGUCGAGCUGCGUGUUCGUUUGGCCCUAAAAAGGCUGUGUUUUGUACAUAAAUAUAACGCCUUACAGCAUUUCGACGUGUUUUAUAGGGCAAAAAGGAAACAGGCGUAUUUACCAGAAUGAGACAAUCCAUUACGAUUUUUUCACACGAGCAUCAGACUACUACUCUCAGGCCUUUUUUUUUGAAGGGACACGUCCUCGAGUGUCUUUUCAAACGGUAUGCUUUCUGAUGGCACAUUUCCUCGGCCUGUCGUCACUUUCUCAGUCACAGCUUUUAACUCUCUGUACACACACACGACUAUUUUGACACUUUCAAGGAUUUAACACUAUGUUAACGAAGACCCUCUUUAUCGAAGUUCACACUAAAAACAAUGAAUUAGCUGCUUCUGAUGAAAACGGAAACCUCCUUGGACACUUUUCUUUUUUCACACUAGAAUAAAAAACAAAAGUUUAAAUCAAGACAGAAGGGAGGCUUUCUGGCAACAUUCUGCUUUUUUUUUUUGUCAUUUAUCUCUCAGCCCAUCACAUGAACGCGCUGAUUAAACAUUCCAGUGAAAGUUUAAAAAGGGGAAGCUUCAUUUUGGGACUUUUGAGUUGAUUUUCUGUUUGUCUGAGUGAAAAGAGCGUGGAGUGACACAUGUCGCACAUUUCUAUUAUUAUUUCAGAGUUACUACUGUGCAUUAGCUUGCUAUUCCUAGUCAUUAUUACCACAAUUUGAUAUUUUUUUUGUCGUAAACGUGUUUGCUUCACCCCGUUCCUACGAUGAAAUUGAUCAGAAGGAUAUUGUGUGUUCAAUGUCUCCAAGUGGUUUCUUGUAUGCCGUGUAAAAGUGAUGGUGGGGUAAAUGCUGUACAAUUAGUAUUUUGACAAAGGUGAUCGUUGAACAUGUCGUUGUUGUAAUUGGUUUUGCACUGUUACAUUGAUAUGCACUAACAGAAAAGAAACAUACCUCAUUUUCUACAGAACAUAAAUUGUGCAAGAGUGCUAUUGUUUUUUUUGGGGUACCUUUUAAAGAAAACAACAAAAAAACAAAACAAAACAUGGCCAAAAUAAUUUUGUCAUCUUGGUAGCAGUUGCUCUUAAGCCAGCUGAAUAAUAAUAAUAAUAAUAAUAAUCUGUAAAAGUAUGAAAGGGCUGUUUAAAUGUUUUGGCUUCAAAUGAAAGUUUGUUAAAAGGUAAUACCACUUCAAUAGAACUUGCUGCAAUUUGAUAUAUUCAGGUUAGCGGUGCACCUACACCAGAGUCCAGGCCGCCAGUGCAAAGGCCUGAUUAGACAGGAAGUUAUGGGUUACAAGAAUGGACAGAUGGACGUCAUUUGAAUUCUUAAGAGGUUCUUAAAGUGGGAGGUGGGCCUCUGCAGAUGAAUGAAAGUGAAAACAUGUUGCAGUAGAUGUCAAAUAUUCUAAAUAUAUUAUCUGGAUGAAGAGAUGAAUUAAAUGCGCUAAAAUUUCCGGGGUUUUUUUGUCCACAUUUCCAGUGUCAGAAGCUAAGAAAUGUCCCAGGACAGACCUUUUUGUGGCAUUUAAUGUUAAGUCAAACAGCUUUUUAGCAUUGGUGGGUUUAACCGUCCUGUUGUCUUCACGUACGGACUCCCAGGAAAAUAUUGUUUCUUUGUCUUAAAAAAAUUCUGCAAAAAAAUUCCCCAAAUUUCUGAAAAUGUGCAAAACCUUCAGGAAGAAACUUCCAAUGAUUCCUUAAAAGUUUCCCUUAAAAGUUCUAUUUUGAAAAAAAAACCAACAAAUUUGGCAAGGAAUUCUUGUAAAUAUUUUCCAAAAAUGCAUAAAAAUGUUCCCCAAAAAAUCCUAAAAAUAUCUAAAAUAAUUACAUAUUUAUCAGUAAAACUAAUAAUAUAUUUCUUUAAGAACAUUCAGAAAAAAUCAACCAAAAUCCAGCGAAUUUCGCUGGAUUUUGGUUGAUUUUUUUCUGAAUGUUCUUAAAGAAACAUUUUUAACAUUUCUUUUUUUCCAUCAAAAAAUGUUCAAAAAUUUCCCAAAAAUGUGGACGUCAGAAGUUUCACUGUGAAAAUAUUUUUUUUCCCCCACAUUUUCAAACUUUAAAAUGAAUCAAUUUUGACCUGCAGGACGGCCCGAGGGUAAAUAACAUCAUCCAGGAAUUGAGUAAAACUAAUAAAAUGAAUUAGGAAUGAAGGGGCACCGCUUUUCUAAGUUUUGUCUCAGACUUUGUAAGUCUCCUGGUCGAACAGAAGCAGCUUUUCCAGACAGAGACUGGUGCUCGGAUAUAUCAGCAAAAAAAAAAAAAAAACGAUGUAGGUGCACCCCUAAUUUAAGUAGUAUUUUUUCCAGUCUAGUCCAUCAUUCAACUACACAAUGUUCUCAAAGACGGGUGAUUUGCCGAAACUGACAUCCAAAAAAAAAAGAAGAAAAAUGAAGGGGAACGGCUGCUUUCUAAGGCUUGAGUGUUGUCAUUGAUGUAGCAGAGGGAAAUGUUCAUUCUUGUUGUUUGAGACACACAUCCGGAGUGCUGAACAAUCUAAAGGGAGAUCUUUUCUUUAAUGCAAUAUCAAACUCCCACCCAGAUUUUACUUUGUGAUGCAUGUAUCAUGUGGACUGAAAAGUUUGGCGGCGUAAAUUUCUUUUCUUUUUAGUCAUAACUACCCCCCCGAGACUAUGAUUUCCACUGAACGGCCUGUUAUGUUUAUAUUUCACAUAAAACGAACAAGCAAAAGGAACGUGUUUGUGAAUAUGGGAGGUUACUCAUUUGUGUUGAUUUCAAUGUUCAUCUAUUUACAUAAAUGACCAAAUAAUGUAUGUAGCCUUUCACAUUACAGUCACAUAUUGUAUAUGGUGAUAUAUAUAUAUAUAUAUAUAUAUAUAUAUAACAAAAUGCCUUAUAGACGAGGGACAUUCAACCUGAUUAGAAGUUACCAGGAUAAUAAAAGACUAAGAUCAAAAGCUG